AUGAUUAUGGAUUUUCUGAGCGAGAAGUUUGCCCUGAAGAGCCAGCCGAGCAAGAACAGUGACUUUUAUAUGGGAGCAGGAGGCAGUUUGGAGCACGUUAUGGAAACUUUGGACAAUGAGUCCUUUUAUAGCAAAACGUCAGGCGGCAAAUGCGUACAGGCCUUCAACCCUCUGCAAAGAGCUGAGCAUCAUGUGAGGCUGGAGAGGACAUCGCCCUGCCAGGACACGAACGUGAACUACGGGAUUACCAAAGUGGAAGGACAGCCUCUUCACACAGAGCUGAGCAGGCCCAUGGACAAUUGCAACAAUCUCAGGAUGUCUCCAGUGAAAGGGCUGCAGGAGAAGGGGGACCUGGACGAACUUGGUGAUAAGUGUGACAGCAAUGUCUCCAGCAGUAAGAAGAGGAGACACAGAACAACUUUCACCAGUUUGCAGCUGGAGGAACUGGAGAAAGUAUUCCAGAAAACUCACUACCCCGAUGUCUAUGUGAGAGAACAGCUAGCUCUGAGAACAGAGCUCACUGAGGCCAGAGUCCAGGUUUGGUUCCAGAAUCGAAGAGCGAAAUGGAGAAAAAGAGAACGCUAUGGUCAGAUCCAGCAAGCCAAGAGCCACUUUGCUGCCACCUAUGACAUAUCUGUUCUUCCAAGGACUGACAGCUACCCUCAGAUUCAGAACAAUCUGUGGGCAGGGAAUGCGGCCAGUGGUUCUGUGGUUACCUCCUGCAUGCUGCCACGAGAUACGUCCUCCUGUAUGACACCUUACUCCCAUUCACCCCGGACAGAUUCUGGCUACACAGGCUUUUCAAACCACCAGAAUCAAUUUAGCCACAUGCCCCUCAAUAAUUUUUUCACUGACUCGUUGCUUUCUGGGGCAACCAAUGGACAUGCUUUUGAAACCAAGCCAGAGUUUGAAAGGAGGUCCUCCAGUAUUGCAGUUCUACGGAUGAAAGCCAAAGAGCAUGCUGCCAAUAUUUCUUGGGCCAUGUAA